AUGAUGAAAUCGAUUCAAGAAUCCGUGCGGGCUCAUCAGCAGGAACAUGUCGUGGAAACGGAGGCACAGCGAGCGGAGUGGUUGCGAGUCAAACGGGAUCCGCACGAUGUCUUCACGGAGUUGUGCAUUGCAGAAGCUAAGCAUGACGUGGGUUCGAACAGACCUUUUGCAUCCCCAAACCUCGGGGUGCUAACGACGUAUAUCAAGCAGUUCAGCGACCAAGAAGGAACAACGACUGCGUUGCUCGAUACUUUCAUCGCAGGCUUCGAUGGCGAGGACAAACUCGUACGUCUGCUUUCGAGGGAGAAGCUCAGCCCGAUCAAUCGGCCUCAAGCGCAGGACAAGCAAUGGGAACUGAUGCGGAGGUGGGCGAACGGUCAAAAGACGCCCGAUGACGUUGCUAAGAUGCUGGGGCUGUCACUGGAGAAAGAGAAUGUCUUGACGCACGAAAACCUGGACCUGAUCGCCACAUACAUCUGCAUCUUCGGCGAAGUACGUCCUGGUGAACUACCAGAUACCUCCACGUAUCUGAAAGCGAGGUCUCGCAGCCUUGACCGUGAACAACUGACUGCAUAUGUGAAGAUGGCGGUGAACGCAUCCCACCAAACGUUCGAGACGGAGCAAUUUCAUCGCCAAGUGCUCCGUCUCGACUGUCAAGCAAAGCAAGUGGAGGUGCACGAGACACUCAUCGACACUCAUGUCGUUGCAUUCGGACCAUUGGAGCUGUCCAUUCGAGUAGCGCAGUGA